UGUUGAGUGAAGUUUGCGUGUAGAUUCACACUCCCUCUCUCAUGUAAAUACAGUCCACAGGUUGUGAUGUUAUGGGAUAUUUUUUGUCUCCAAUAAUUGUUUAACACCACAGAGACUUUAAGACUACAGAAGCGAAGUCAACGAGGUUCAGCAGGUUGGAGAAGAUGGAGGACGAUUUGUCACAGGCUUUGAAUUCUUUCAGUGUGGAGGAGAAAGAUGGCAAGAUGGAUACUUUUGGGUUGUACGUCGUCACGUGGAAUGUGGCCACCGCUGAGCCUCCUGAAGAUGUGAACUCUCUGCUUCAGCUCAACUCCCUGAAGAAACCAGACCUCUUUGUGAUCGGGCUGCAGGAGGUGAAGGCUGCACCUCUCAAGAUUGUCACAGAUUUGGCCUUCGAGGACUCCUGGAGUCACCUCUUCAUGAACACGCUGGCUCCAUUGGGUUUUAUCAAGGUGUCCUCCAUACGGAUGCAAGGUCUGCUUUUACUUUUAUUUUCCAAGCUGGAGCACGUCCCCUUUAUCAGAGACAUUCAGGUCACUUACACCCGCACAGGACUCUAUGGCUACUGGGGGAAUAAAGGAGGUGUGUCCAUCCGUCUGUCCUUCUACGGUCACAUGCUCUGCUUCCUGAACUGUCACCUAACCGCCCACAUGAACUACGCCUCUCAGCGGGUGGAUGAGUUCCAGUAUAUUCUAGAUGCUCAGACCUUUGACACCAAAAACACACCACGCAUUUUGGAUCACAAAGUGGUGUUCUGGUUUGGGGAUCUGAAUUUUCGUAUCGAGGACCAUGGGAUGCUCUUUGUAAGGGAGUGCAUCACCAGCCAGCGUUAUAAUCUUCUUUGGCCUAAAGAUCAGCUCACCAUGAUGAAGCAGAAGGAAGCUAGUUUGCAGAAGUUUCAAGAAGGACCUCUAGACUUUCAGCCCACCUAUAAAUUCGAUUUGCACUCAGAUAAUUACGACACAAGGGUACAGAAGACAUGGUUUGGUUUUAAUGGAAAAAAACGCAAGCCUGCGUGGUGUGACAGGAUCCUCUGGAGAGUGAAGCCAAAGUCCUCACUGUCAGAAGACGCUGAUGAAGACGAUCAAAAUCAAGAAGAUCCAAAGAAACAACCGGAGGAGCAUCAUAAAGAUGAGUUCCCUCUUAAACUGAGCCAGGAGUUUUACACAAGUAAAAUGGAGUACAGCAUCAGCGACCAUAAGCCCGUCAUCGGCAUCUUCCGCUUGGAGUUGAGAAAGAUAUACAAGACACCAUUGGUGCAGGUGUGUGCUGAGGGAGAAUGGAGUGCUGACUUUGAUGCCCUAAUAACCUACAGCCUUCUCCAGUCCUAUCCCUCCAGUGCCUGGGAUUGGAUCGGUUUAUAUAAGGUUGGUUUUAAAAGCGCUUCAGACUAUAUCACGUACACCUGGGUGAAGGAUGACCAGGUGUCUUUCACGGAUGAGCUCUUUCAAGUUUAUGUGAACAAAGAUGAAAUUCCCGUUCUUGGGGGAGAAUGUGUGCUGUGCUAUUACAGCAGCAGCUUGCAGUGCAUUGUGGGUAUUAGUCAACCUUUUAAGGUGCAGGAAUCCAGAGCGGCGAUUGAAGAGGGUUUAGUGCCUGAAAAUAUCAACAAGCUAGAUGAAACUGUAGCCAGUUAAGACCAGGUUUAAAUUGUACGAUGGUUUAUACGCGGUCAUAUGCAGCCUAGAUGUCAAACCAAACAAGCCUGUGAAUUCAAGCAAGUGCAAUUUUAAUCCAAAAUUGAUUUGAGGUUUUACUUGUAUGUGAUGUAGUGUGUGUGUUUAUUUUAAUUAAAGAAAUAUUAUGAAUUACAGCCCGUUUAUUUUAAAUUGCGGCCAGUUGAUGGGACAGGUCCCAAAUAGAGUGUGUUAUCUUAAUUAAGCAGAUUUAAAUGUAUACUGUAAUUCUUGAAAUCGGUGUUAAAAAGUCUUUCAAAAAAAAAAAAA